AGAGGCUUGAGGAGGGGGAGCCCUUCGCUCUGCCCUCGACGCGCCUUAGGGCUCGCUUCGAACUCCCCGACUUUGCAGGGUUCGCAGACUUCUAGUCCGCACGGAGGGAAAAGGCGUAGGUCGGCGGCUUUUUCUGCGAGGGCCAAGCGUAGUAAACUGGUUUGAGCUGCUUCGAGGGAAAGAAAAAACCGUCGCUCCUCUCCAGCGCUUUGCUGGAGGGAGGCCGGGACACGGUUUCCUGGUCGCUGCGGGGUCCUCAGCUCCAGCUGAUCUUUCUCCUACAGCCUAAUGGAGCAAGAGGAGGAGGCGAACUCCAGGAAGAGGAAGGGGGCCCCAAACUUGGCCUUGGCUAAAGAGCUGGAUGGACCUCCGUUGGAUAUUCAGGACCAGCAGCCUCAAGCCAAGAAAGCUCGCUUAUCUACCAUUUUAUUUGCUGACAAUUGUGAAGUAACACAUAGACAGCUGUGUGAGUUGCUGAAUUAUGCAGUUCUGGGUAAAUCUGCUGUUCCUAAACCCAGCUGGUGCCAGCUUUCACACCAAAAACAACUAAACAACGUGGUGGUUUUUAUUCUGAAGGGAAUGAGUCAGCUACAUUUCUACAGGUUCUAUUUGGAAUUCAGAUUUCUCCGAAAGACAUUCAGACAUAAAUUCAGCUUGCCUCCUCCAACAUCUAGUUUUCUAUUUGAUAUCAUUGGGCUGCAAAAGAAAAAGUCAGCUAGAGGUUGUCCUAGGACUGUCGAAGGACCUUUAAUUUCUGCCACUUUACAAUCCAGCAUCGACCUACAGAACGACCCCAUCAUUCAAAAGUAUGGGUAUAAGAACGUGGGCUUGACUAGAUGCCUUCUGACAAAAGAAGAAAUGAAAACAUUUCACUUUCCGUUACAAGGGUCUCCUAACUGUGAAAACUUUAUCCUUUCCAAGUAUAGUGCUUUCAUAACAGAUAGCAGUCCCCUCUUUGGACUUGACUGUGAAGUGUGCCUUACAUCCAUGGGGAAAGAACUAACACGCAUCUCACUAGUUGCUGAAGGAGGCCACUGUCUUAUGGAUGAACUUGUCAAACCUGAUUUCAAGAUUCUGGACUACCUUACGAGUUUUUCAGGAGUCACAAAGGAGAGUCUUAACCCAGUGACAACGAAACUCAAAGAUGUACAGAAGCUAUUAAGAGAACUGCUUCCUCCUGAUGCUGUGUUAGUGGGCCAUUGCCUAGACUUGGAUCUCAGAGUAUUAAAAGUGUGUAUCUGCUUUAAGAUUUUAUUCUGUAGUACAAAAACAUGGUCCAUUCAACUGAGAUGUAAAGACCUGGGCUCCUUACUCCCAUCUAUGCUCCCUGUUUAUUCCGUUAGCAUAAGAUGCAAUUCACUCAUUCUCUUUCCUCCUCAGAUGAUACAUCCAUAUGUUAUUGAUACCUCAUUGCUUUAUAUUGGAAAACAAGGCAGAAGAUUUAGGCUAACAUUCCUGGCCAAAGUUAUUUUGGGGAAGGAUAUUCAGUGUCCUAACAAGCUUGGUCAUGAUGGCAUAGAAGUUGCUAGAACAACUCUUGAGCUGGUUCAGUAUUUUCUUAAGUAUGGGCCAAAGAAGAUUGCAGAGUUGAAUCUGGAAGCACUAGCAGCCAAUCAAGAGCAAGGAAACAAGGAAGGAGCUACAAAUAUGAGUGUUUUAAAAUGCCUGGACUCAAUGGGUCAGAAACUCCUUUUCUUGACCCAGGAUAUAGAUAAGCUUUCUUCUUAUAGAAACUGUCAAACUAUUAAGUGCUCUUCAAAUAAAGAGGUGCUUGAGCAAGCCAGAGUGGAAGUUCCUUUGUUCCCCUUCAACAUUGUGCAGUUCUCUUUUCAACCCUUUCCACCCCUCUUUGCUGAGGAGAUGAAAAACAGUAUGAAGACCAAGUGGACAGAGAUGUCAACUGUCUAUGCUGGGCCAUUUAGCAAAGAUUGUAACGUUGGUGCUCUGAAGAAGGUGUUUAGUAGCUUGGGCCCAGUACACUCAAUAACUCUUGUUCUUGAAACUUACAGGUAUGAAGUCCUGGAAGCUGCUCAGCUGGCGAUAGAGACCAUGAAUGGCACUCUAUUAGAAGGUUCCUGUAUCAGGGUACACAGGCUUGUGACAGAACUCACCCUUGAGUGUGACACCCUUGUAAGAGAGCUAGAGAAAGAUUCUGAGAACCAAGGUACUAUAUAUGUGGCUGGAAUCGGUGAGACCUUUAAAGAACACCUGUUGGAGCAGUCCAACCUCUUCCCUGACCUGGAAGCUGUGAUCCUGCCUAAAGAGGUUAAAAGCAGAAAGCAAAAAAACUACUGUUUCCUGAAGUUUAAAACUCUCAACAGUGCCCAGGUAGCCCUUGAAAUUCUCAAAGGCAAAGACUGGAAGUUGAAAGGCAGAAAUGCCCUAACCCCAAGGCACCUUCAGGCAUGGCUCAAGGACAUACAUCCCGAACCAACAAUGCCUAUGGGGCUUCGAAUUGUACCUCCUCUCUUGGAGAGACACAUCUUCAGGACUCUGAAGUCAAACCACCCAAAGAUAGUAGCCUGGCGCUGGAGCCGGAGGAUUGAAAAGCUCUACCACAGCCUGAGCCCAGGCACCUUCUGCCUCAUCCUGAUGCCAGGAACCAAGAAUACUUUUGGAGCACACCCUGGCCUUGGAUUGAUGAAAAUAAAAGAGGAAGAGGAAACUGACAGCCCGGGCAUGAGAGUGUGAGUCUCUCCGCAUUUUCCAAGUGCCAUUUCCCAUGCAGAGAAUGUGACUAGGCUACAGCCCUUUCUUGAUGGCAAGCCUCUCCCUCUUGCAGACAGCUUUGGUAAAAAGUUGGAAUACCCACUAAAGUAUAUUGUCAUGUUCAAAAUUCCAAUAAAUGCCUAAAACUCAAAA